AUGCUCGGGCGCCCGCACUACGCGGCGGAUUGAGGAGAGAGAGAGAUAUUAUGAGGCGGUGGCGGUUGGCAUUAGGGCGACCGCGGCCGAGUCACUGAAAGCCCCCCGGUUUGUUUUUUUUCUCUCCCGGCAGCAGGGGGACUUUUGGGUGUGCGCGAGAGAGAGUGUGCAAGAGACAGACCCAGAGAGAGGGAGAAAGAAAGAAAGAGAGAGCGAGAGAGGGAGAGAGCUCGGAUGCCUUCCUGGACGCCUGCGUGGGGCUGAUCGCGAGUGGGAGCGAGGAAGGGGGGCGCAGGGUUCGGCCGAGGGUCUCUAUGCGGCUGCGGAUGCGCGUGGGGUGCGUGGGCCCCCUUUCCCUCCCCUCCGCCUCCUCCUCCUCCUCCUCCUCUUCCUCCUCCUCUUCCUCCUCCUCCUCUUUGCCUUGAUCCCUCUUCUCGCCCCUUCCUCUCUCCCAUCUCCUUCUUCUUCUUUCUUGCCGUGCCCCCGCUCCCCGUCCGCCAGGCUGGGUCCCAUGGUGUUCCGAUCCCCUCUAGAGCUUUAUCCGGCCCACUUCUUCCUGCCCAACUUCCCCAGCGAGCCGCACCCGGCCCACCACCACCCGCACCGCUCGCUCCUGCUGGCCAGCGGCGGCGGCGGAGGGGCCACCACCACCGGACCUGGAGGCGGAGGCGGAGGCUCGGGCGGAGGAGGCGGCACUGGAGGCUCCUCCGGCUCCUCGUCGUCGUCGUCGUCGCGCGUGGGGCCCGAAGAGCUGUCCAUGUUCCAGCUGCCCACGCUCAACUUCUCCCCCGAGCAAGUGGCCAGCGUCUGCGAGACGCUGGAGGAGACGGGCGACAUCGAGCGCCUGGGCCGCUUCCUCUGGUCGCUGCCGGUGGCGCCGGGCGCCUGCGAGGCCAUCAACAAGCACGAGUCCAUCCUGCGGGCCCGGGCCGUGGUGGCCUUCCACACAGGCAACUUCCGCGACCUCUACCACAUCCUGGAGAACCACAAGUUCACCAAGGAGUCGCACGGGAAGCUGCAGGCCAUGUGGCUCGAGGCCCACUACCAGGAAGCCGAGAAGCUGAGGGGACGGCCGCUGGGCCCCGUCGACAAGUACCGCGUCCGCAAGAAGUUCCCGCUGCCGCGCACCAUCUGGGACGGCGAGCAGAAGACCCACUGCUUCAAGGAGCGGACUCGCAGCCUCCUGCGGGAGUGGUACCUCCAGGACCCCUACCCCAACCCCAGCAAGAAGAGGGAGCUGGCCCAGGCCACGGGACUCACCCCCACCCAGGUCGGAAACUGGUUCAAGAACCGCCGGCAGCGCGACCGGGCCGCCGCCGCCAAAAACAGGCUCCAGCACCAGGCCAUCGGACAGAGCGGGAUGCGGUCCCUGUCGGAGCCGGGCUGCCCGACCCACAGCUCGGCCGAGUCGCCCUCCACGGCGGCCAGCCCCACCACCAGCGUCUCCAGCUUGACCGAAAGAGCCGAGACCGGCACCUCCAUCCUCUCGGUAACCUCCAGCGACUCAGAAUGUGAUGUAUGAUAACGGAAAGGAACGCCAGCCGUGUAACUUUUUUCUUUUGGAAAAUAAUAAUAAUAAUAACAACAACAACAACAACAACAACAUAACAACAUAAAAUUAAAAAUUACAUAAACCUAAGGAGAAAGAGAGCGAGCGAAAGAGCGAGGGUGAAAACAACCCCAAAAUAACAAUUAGGGGACCACAAAAGAAAAAGAUAUUUAGAAAGGCACAAGGAAGCCCCUCAUUUGCAAACUCCCUCAGUCCAAAAUACCGAACAAUCCUCCUCCUAUUCAUAAGGAAACUGACAUUAAAUUAAAAAAAAACUCAAGCAAAAGGAAAAAUAAGCAACUCAUUGAGGGGAGGACAGGACACAAAAGGAAACAAACCACAACUUGGACGGCUGGCGAUACUGCAGCAGGGGAAAGAAAAUAUUAUUAUUAUUACUAUUAUUAUUAUUGCUGAUGAUGAUGGUGGUCAUGUUUUGCUAAGUGACUAUUCUUAUUGAGGAAGGAAGGGAGGAAAGCAGGAAGGACGGAAAGAAGGCGAUCUUUGUAUUCUUUGUCGGACAAAACAAAAAAUAUAUAUACCAAGCACGUUGGAGCUCUCUUUUCUUUUCUUUUCUUUUUUGUUCGGGGGUUUUUUUUUUUUGGUUGGUCUCAUCAUGGUUCGCGCUUUCCCAUAAAGACUGCAUUUUCACCCAUUUUUGCAUGACGGUGAUGAUUCAAUUUGUAUGGGGAGGGGGAGGGAAAUAUCAUAUUCUCUAUAAUAAAUGGACAAAAAGAAAACAAUUAUAAAAAAAAGACUUGGGAAAGGGAGGGGAGAGAAGAAAGGACUACGCGGUCAAGUUUGUACAAAAAAGAGAAAGGAAAAAAAUUAAAAGGAACUCUUUGAAGAAAGAGGGAAAUGACAAAUGUUUAUCUUAUCGCCUUUCGGUUGGAUUUUUAAAAAAAUCAAUGUGUCUCUAUGGAUCUGUAAAUCCCCCCUUCCCUCCAAUCCUCAAAUAUGCGAUGGUUUAAACUAGAGGCAAUUUUUGCCCCCUUUUCUCUUCCCUUCCCUCGUUGGGUUGCUGUUAUUAUUAUUUUUUUAAUAAUAAUAAUUUGUUUUAUUUUUAUUCUUUGGUUCAACAGACAAUCAUUUUCUUCGUAAGCACCUUUUUUUCUACACUUCUGUCACUGCCUGUUUGUGGGUACUGGUUUUAAAUGUGGAAAAAGAAUAGUUAUGACUGUAACAGAUUUUUAUUUUUAUUUCAAAAUUUUAUAUGAAUUAUGUAUAUCUUAAGCGAUGCGGUCCUCCCCCCCUCUCCUCCUCCGGUUUGUAAUAUAUGUGUAGAAAAAAAUGCUUGUUUAUGAGAUUUUGGGCUCUUCUUUUCCUUGUCUUUCUUCUCUCUUCCCUCCUCUCUCUCUCUCUCUCUCUCUCUCUCUCUCUGCCUCCUCCCUUUCUCUUUCACUCUUGCCUUUCUUUCUUUUCUUCUUCUCCUGCUCUUUUCGCUCCCUCCCUCUUCUAAUAUAUGUGUAGAAAAAAUGCUUGUUUAUGAGAUUUUGGGCUCUUCUUUUCCCUCUCUCUCUCUCUCUCUCUCUCUCUCUCUCUCUCUCUCUCUCUGCCUCCUCCCUUUCUCUUUCACUCUUGCCUUUCUUUCUUUUCUUCUCCUCCUGCUCUUUUCCCUCCCUCCCUCCCUCUUUGAUUUUCCCCAGACUCGAGUUCCUUGCACAAACUUUGCCGUCAAGAGGUGACGGAUUCAGUUUCCAAAAGAGACCUUGGCGACAGACGAAACCCAGGCAUAAGGUGUCACUAUAGUUCUCUUAUGCAAAAAUCAUUUUAUUCCCCUAAGUACUUAAAAUAGCAGCUUUCUUUGGGGGAGGGAGGUUGAAAUCUCUUCUUAAACUCCGCUUAGGACGCUCAUGCCACUGUUUUCCUUUACUGCGUGUUUAUCUAUAUGUACAAACUUUCUUAAAAAAAGAAACCAAUCAAAUACAGUAUUCCAUUUUUUCUUAUCUA